UUAUUUUAUUUCAGUGGUUUAUUAUCAAAUGCAUGCAAAAAUAAAGCUGAAGUAUGUCGAGCACAAAGUGAAUGUUGUCCAGUAAUGGGUCGUCGUAUGGUAUGUGCUCCACAUCUUGAAAUAUGUGGAAAGAAGACAUGUUGUAUUACUGAAGUUGAAGAACAACAAGAAAAACAAGCAGCUAUUAUUAGAAAUCGUAAUCCUAAAUUAAAACGAUUCUGGAAUGAAUUAUUUAAUGAAGAGUAA